UCUCAGGAGAGAGAACUGGGUGGAAGAUAACCCUUUGAGACUCGGCCCUGAGGGCAACAGGGGACCAUGGAGAGCAGAGGGGGAGCAGGGUCAGACAUGGGUAUUUGAAGAUGUAGGCAGGACAGAGUGGACCAGAUGCCAGGAGGCUGGGGGCGGGGUGCUCUCUCAAAGGGCACCUGACCCUCCUCCAGGAAGUCUUCCUGACUUCACCUCCCCACCCCCCUCCACAAAUUUGUUACUAAGUUUCCAGCUGGGACUCCAGUCUCACCGUCUGCCCCCAGGGUGUGGGGAGUGCAGGGGUUACGCUGGGCCUCCCCUCAGUCGGGACUAGCUGAUGAGGACAAGUGGGGUGGGGUGGGUGUCUCAGCCAUAUUAUCUGGGUGGGGGAUCCUGGCACCUCCCAGUGGAUCUGGCUCCCUUCCCCGCCCAGGAAGCUAUCCGUCCUGUUGGACUCGUCUAGCCCGGGAGGAAUGGGUGCAGGCCCUGGGUCUUGCCCCGGUUUCCUCGCGGGUGCAGCUGGCACCAUGGGCACCUCACGGGCUCUGCUGCUCUUCCUGCUGCUGGCCUCGGGAGUAAGGGUCCUCGCCUUCAAAGCCUCUUCAGGAAUUCAGAGAACCAAUCUCUCCUCGGACUCAGAAAGAUCUUCCCAGGGCCCGGGUUUGAAAGUUCCCUCCAUCAAACCCCCCAGCUGGAAAUUUCCAGAUCAGUCUCCAGGUUCAAAAGCUGAUAUCCCUCAUUCUGAACGGUCUCCUGAGGUGCUGAAUUUGAAGGACGUGCCCGGGUCCUUCCGGUCCACUGUUUCUGCUGAGGGCAAAAAGCUGAAGCUGGACCCCUUCUCUGGAAAACCUGGUUCCAAAGUAGUUCCUCAUGCCUCGGGUUCUCGAGUUCCUGCCCCAAACCCGGAGCCUUCCUCCUCUGUUAAGACCCCAGCUUCCAACAGGCAAGUCCCCAAUACGAACAUCUCUGUGGAGACCCCAGUUUCAAAAUUCUCCCCUGAGGAUGCGGAUCCCAAAGUUGCCUCAAGCUUAUCCCCGCAAGUGGGGGGCCCUCUUGCGGUGCUGGUGGGGACCACAAUCCAGCUGCCUCUGCUUCCAGUUCCUGGCCUUGGUCCCCCUUCCCCUCUGGUGGUUUGGCGCCAAGGUUCCAAGGUGCUGGCAGCUGGGGCCCUGGGGCCAGGGUCCCCUCUCAUCAGCCUGGACCCCACGUACAAAGGCCGCCUACGAUUUAACCAGACCCAAGCGAGUCUGGAACUCUCCUCUGCCCAGCUAGAGGAUGCUGGGGUCUACACAGCUGAGGUCAUCCAGGCCGGGAUCUCCCGGCAGAUGUGGGAGUUCAUUGUGCGUGUAUAUGAACCCGUGUCCAAGGUGUCGGUGAAGCCUGAGGCCCCGGAGACCGAGGAGGGGGCGGCGGAGCUCCGGCUGCGCUGUGUGGGGUGGAGGCCGGGUCGCGGGGAGCUGAGCUGGACCCGGGACGGACGCGUCCUGGAGGCAGGGGACCCUGCGGGAGUGAAGCCACCCCGGAUCCGCGUAGAGGGCGACCAGCUGCUCAUCGCGCGCCCUACGCGCAGCGACCACGCCCGGUACACCUGCCGCGUCCACAGCCCCUUCGGCCACGCGGAGGCCGCGACCAACGUCAGUGUUUUCUACGGCCCGGAUCUGCCGGUCAUCACUGUCUCCUCCGACCACGACGCCGACCCCGCCCUCUUUGUCACCGUGGGCAGCAACGUGACCCUGCGCUGCACCGCCGCCUCGCGGCCACCGGCCGACAUCACAUGGAGCCUGGCCGACCCGGCCGAGGCCGCGGUGCCCGCCGGCCCGCGCCUCCUUCUGCCCUCGGUCCGGACCGGCCACGGCGGCGCCUAUGCCUGUCUCGCUGCGAACCCGCGCACCGGCCUCCGCCGCCGCUCGCUGCUCAGACUCCUUGUGGCGGAUCUGCCCCCCGGGUCCCCACAGUGCUCAGUCGAAGGGGGUCCUGGGGAUCGCGUCCUCCUCUUCCGCUGCUCGUGGCCCGGCGGGGUCCCUGCCGCCUCCCUGCAGUUCCAGGGUCUCCCCAAAGGCGUCCAGGCGGAACCGGUGUCCUCGGUGCUCCUGGAGGCUGUCCCCGCCCACCCCCGGCUCAGCGGCGUCCCCGUCACCUGCCUUGCUCGCCACCUGAUGACCACGCGCACCUGCACUGUCACCCCGGAGGCCCCUCGAGAGGUGCUGCUGCAUCCGGUGGUCGAGGAGACACAGUCAGGGAAGGUGGAGGUGGCGCUGCAGGCCUCUGGCUGUGGCCCCCCUUCUCGAGCAUCUUGGUCCCGGGAAGGGCGGCCCCUGGCCUCCAGAGGCCGCGGGCACCUGCUGCUCAGCCAGGAUGGGCAGAGGCUCCUGAUCGGCAACUUCAGCCUGAACUGGGACUUGGGAAAUUACUCCGUGAUGUGCAGUGGGGCGCUGGGAGCUGGGACCGACAGGAUCACCCUCACUGGACCUUCUAUCUCCUCAUGGAGGCUGCAGAGAACCCGGGAUGCAGCAGUGCUGACUUGGGAUGUGGAGCGAGGGGCCCUGAUUAGCAGUUUCCAGAUCCAGGCCCAGGAGAGCCCUGACCUGAGCAGAGCCACCAUGUCCAAGGACUGGACCUCCCUGCUCACCCUCGGACCUCGGGAUCGCUCAGCUGUGGUGCCCCUCCUUCCUCAGAAGCCCCAGGUCUGGGUCUUUCGUAUCCUGCCCACUCUGGGGCUCCAGCCAGGGACCCCAUCCGACAGCCGGGUCUACCGUGCCGGCCCCAUCCUGGGCCCCGGGGCCAUCGCUGGCAUCGUCCUGGGCUCCCUACUGGGCCUGGGACUCCUGGCAGCACUUCUCAUCCUGGGCAUCUGCUACCUGUGCCGCUUUCAAGGAAAGACUCCUAACAGAAAGAAGAGUACGCCCAGGUUGACCCCUGUAUUCACCGUACCGGAAAAUAGGAUGCAGAGCGUGACCCCAGAGCAGACCCCACAGCCUCUGCCCCUCGAAGUUCCUCUGAAGGACCCUAGCCCAACCAGAGCCCACUCAGCCUCUGGUCCGAGGACAGUCAACUUUCCACGUGGGGAUCCCAAGAUUGCUCGGACAGCCACGCACGUGUGACCAGGGCUAGUGGCCUACUCUGCGCAGGACUUUUGGGGCGGGACUUCCUGUUUCACUCCAGCAGCAGUAGGGGACCUCCUGUCCUGUUGUGACUGAAGGUUGGACCCGUAAGGUGGGACUUCCUGUCUCCCUCUCUCAGCGCAGAAGACUCGCCUUGUAUUUGUGCAGCUAAGGAGAUGGGACUCCUGGGCUAGGAGAGACUCCUGCUGACCUAACAGUGUGGCUUGCACAACCUCCAAGCAGUCGAGGACCUGUGGCCGACUGGGAGGGCUUGCUGUGCUGCCCCGAGCUGGAGAGGGCGGCCUGCCUCCAUUCUCUAGAAAGGUCUUCCUAUGUCAACGUUUGCCUGCUUCAGGCCACACUCCAUCCAGCUCCCGGGGUCUUCAUCUUAGAUCAGAUCGCGUUCCUCUUCUCUUUAAGCCCUUCUAUGGCUGCCCGUUGCCCUUCAGAUAUUGUCCAAACUCCUCAUCACGACCUUCAAAGUCUUGUGGUUUGGCCUCUGUCAGCCUCUCUGACCUUCCCUUCCAGAAGUUUCACCCCUGCUUCUCUCCACCAUACUUAAGUUUGCCUCCAGGCCUUUGCUCCCAGAGUGUACUGCGCCUGGAGCAACAUUCUUUGCUCUAUGUCAUUCAUUUUUUUUGUGGUACGCGGGCCUCUCACUGCUGUGGCCUCUCCCGUUGCGGAGCACAGGCUCCGGACGCGCAGGCUCAGCGGCCAUGGCUCACGGGCCCAGCCGCUCCGCGGCAUGUGGGAUCUUCCCGGACCGGGGCACGAACCCGCGUCCCCUGCAUCGGCAGGUGGACUCUCAACCACUGCGCCACCAGGGAAGCCCUAUGUCAUUCAUUUUUCAAGUGUAAAGGUAACCGUUACCAUCUUAGAGGACCCUUCCCUAACCCAUGACCCUAACGUGCCUCAGUCAUGGGUUUAGGUCCCAGAGGCCCUGAACCACCUGCUCCUCGUAGUUAAACACAUAACUAUUUGUUUAGCCUCUGACGCUCUCUUAACCGGGAGCGCCACGAAGGUGGAGACCGUGUCAUUAUCCCCAGCGCUUAACACAGAGUUUGGUACACAGCAGGCCAUCCAUAUUUGUUGACUGAUCAAGUAUUUGGGGCCAGUGAAGGACUGGGCUUGCUGCUGCCAUCCCCAGCAGGAUGGCCUCCUUUUCCACCUGGGUUUCUCAUUGGAAAUUUAAGGAGUGCAUCAGUGAAGAUUCUUUUGGCUGUAAGUAACAAAAUAAAUGAUGGCAAGGGAUGGAGGUAGGUGGUUUCAGGCUGACUCAGCAACUUAGUGACCCCAUCAAGUACCUGGGCACUUUGUGUCCUGCUCUGCCACCCUCAGUGGGUCAGCAUAUUGCCUCACGUAGCAAGAUGGCUGCCACAGCUCAUAUAUUCACGCAACUGUAUCUGACGACAAAAGGAAGGGAGCAGCGUUCCUCUCCUCUCAUGAGCGGGGGAAGAAAUAUCCUGGAAGCCUAACAGUAAACUUCCCUUAUGUCUCAUUGAGCAAAAACUGGCCACAUCACUGCAAGGGAGGCUGGGCAACCAAAUAUCUCAGCCUGUAUCGUGGGAGGUGGGCAAAGAGGAAAGUGGCAACAGCUAAAGUAUAGGCAACCAGCGUCUGUCUCAAGGAAGGAAAGGAUUCUGGUUAAAGAUUGGGGUGGAAGAGGCCUUUAGGAAAUACAGUCCUUGGAUCUUUUUAAAAAGGUGGUGGCUGGGGUCCUGGAUACCUGGACUCUCUACAUCUGUAUCAGCUAGAAUUUUCAUUUCCUUUUUAAUCACUAGAAACAGAAAACCUAACAUGAGUUGGCUUAAACAUACAUGGGACGUUAUUGCUUAUGUAAGUGAAUGUGGGCGUCAGGUUAAGUUUUGAUCCACUUGCUCCAGUGAUGUCAUAUGGACCCAGUUUCUCUAGACCUUCCACUCUGCAUUCCAUAGUGUUUCUAUCAUUCUCAGGCUCCACGUGUUGUCUUCCCCACCGUGGCUAUCCCCAUAGACCCAAGAUCUCUCCAUGCGGUGGGGAAAAGGAACCCUGCAGAUCCAGACUUCACGCCAUUGAGCCGCGUGAUGCAGCAGAAGAGCGUCUCUUCUUAGGAAAUCCACACAGCUCUGGUGUUCACUCUCUCAGUGGGCUGGCUGGGUCACGUGCCCACCUCUGAACCAGUCACAGUGGGAAGCGGGCUAUGCUGAGUGGCUUAAGCCAAUCGUGCCACCUCUGCAAAUGGGUCAAUUGCAAGUCUACCAGAGAGAAAAGGGAGGGCAGAAGUGACGCUGGGGAGGCACCACCCAUGACCACAACUCUGUCCUCCACUCACCCAUAUCCUUAAUGACACUGACACCUGCAGGCGGAGGCUUUGGAAAAAGGCGUUUAUUGGUGUGGUGGUCUCAACACUCCCCAUGACUUGGAACACACGGCCCCCAGGGCCCCCCGCCCCCCCUCCCUUGCACCCCUCCCCCUGCCCGCCCUGUCCCCCGGACCCUGGGAAUGGAAGACAAUGUGGGAUGGGGUCCACGCCCCCGUCUGAGGUACAGUCACUGCCCCUUGCCCCUCUGCCCCUGCUCUGCCCUCUCUCCCCGUCCCAAGCUCUGGGUGGUGUAGUUCAGGGUGGGUGUUUAUAGAGGGUCUCCCGGGAGUUGGAGCUGGUGACUUGGCAUCUUGGUCUGGGCUCAGGAUGUCUGAUGCCUCUCUCUCCCCCACCUUGUGUGAUGUGGCGUGCCAGGGCGGGGUGUUCCUACAAUCAGAGCCCCUUCCUGAUAACAGUUGCCCAUCCUGGGGGGAACUACAGCUGGUCACCAGCUACAGGACAGCUGGAGCCGGGGGGCUAUUGCUGGUCACAGUCGCUGGUGUGUGUGUGUGUGUGUGUGUGUGUGUGUGUCUGAGUGUGUGUGAGGGUGGUCAGGUCAGCCUUUAGGAGGUUCAGCCGGUGGAGAGGCCAGGGAGCGGUAGCCCAGCAAGCCCACACCUGUGGGCCGGCUGCAGCUGGUUGGCGCUGCAGGUGGUCGAGGGGAGUGGGGGCAGGGUAGGGCAAAGCACUGAGACACACAGGUGACAACAGGCACCAGCCUGACAUUUGGAUGGAAGCACCGAUUGGCCCAGGAGGGGGCCAGAAAGUCCAGGGUGGGGAGGGACAGGAAAAGUGGGAAGGUCUCAGGCCGCUGAGCCAGUGAUGGGGCCUCCGGCUCCAGGCAGCCAGCCGGCUGACAGCAGGGAGGCCCAGAGCCAAGAUGGAGAUCGUGCACCUGCUCACAGAGGCUGAGUGACAGCUUGACAGGCAAGCGUGAUGGCCCUGCCCACUCCCAACCUGCCCAGGAGACAGCCUUUCAACAGGGUGGGGAGCGGGUGGUGUGAAUGCAUAUAUCGGGAAAGCAGGGAGCCUGGAAAACCUCUCCUCACAGCUUCCGGCACGAAGCCCCCAUACCUACCUCUAGCCAGAGGUGAGAGACAGGAAGGUUGGGGGCAGUGGAUGUGCGGCGUGUCGAGGAGGGAAGAGUGCUGAGCUCCCUUUCCCACCCAUUCAUACACACACACACACGCAUACACGCGCGUGCAGGCUCACGCUCACACCCACUACACACACGCGAUCCAGUUGACAGCCUGAGCUAAGAGACGGGUGUGGGGUGGCCGGGGAUGGGUCACAAUCGGAAAGGUGAACAGUGGCGAGAAUGGCUGUAGAAAGAUGCAUAAUUUUGCGUUAUCCCUCACAGUGAUGGGUUCUGUAAAGAUCUUUCCUCCUUCUCUUCCUUUUCCUCUUAGAGCUCCUCUGCCCCCUCGAGACCCGCGGCGCUUGUUCCCCCUUCUCCUCUUGCUCUCGGCCUCAGACCGCCCGCGGGGGGACUCCAGGGCACUGGGUUCUUCCUACAUCCUCCACCACAGCCAGCCCAGGGCGGAGAGGAGGGUCAGAGGCCCUGGGGGCCUUGGGGCCGAGUUCUCCAGGGAUCCUGGGCCUGGGGAAAGAGAGGGGGUCAGGGGAGGAGGCCCAGAGUGGGGAGACCCCAUGUGUGUCUCUCCCGAGCGUCUUGUCUCUGCUCUGAGGGUGUGGUCUGAGGAUGCCUCCUGGGGACCUUUCUGGGCUUUCACUCCGUGUGCCUGUCCUCUGACUGUUUUAGUCUAAGCAUCUGGCUGAUGACUGUCUUCUCCAUCUGCAAAGCUCUCCCCACAGAUCUUGGCCGGGCUGGCUUCUCCCGACCACUCAGGUCUCAGUUCACAUGUUACCCCCUCCAGGAAGCUUUCUCUGAUGAGCUUAUCCAAUACUACCAUCCCCAAUUCUAUUAUUUAUUUUCUUCGUAGCCCUUAUUGAUAUGCAAAUUUUUUUUUUGCUUAUUUAUGUAUGUAUUCGUUGGCUUUUCAUUUUACUUAUGUGUCUACUUGUUUAUUGCGUUUCUACUACUGCUAGACUGUAAGCUGUGCAAGUCCCUCGACCUUGGCUCUUUUGUGCAUUGCUGUCUCCCGAGCACCCAAUGCCUGGCCCUUAGUGGGCGCCCAAUGAAUGUGUCUGUAGAAGG